GGCCACUAACUUCUUGAGUUUUACAAAAUUGGACGUCGGUAUCUGAAAAUUUGUGAAAACCAAACCAAAGAAGUUAUCGAGGAUCGACAGACAAGAUCGAUCACAAUAAAUAUUUCCUUCCACUACGUCUAGACUACCAAGCAUCAAGUAAAAAUACCAAAUGAAUCGUUGACACGACAACGACAUAUGCAAAUUUUCUCAAAAAAUCAGACAGUAUGUUUCAGCCCUUGGAAAAGUACUUUGAUUUUUGUAUUCAUAAAUUUCUCCUCUCGGAAAUAUUUCCUACAGUUUCUGAACUUUUGUCAAAAUGCCGCUCCUCCAAAACGGUGGGGGUGGUCUACGAAUCUUUCUCAAUUUGACUCAAUUCUUCCUCUGCGUUCUUACCAUUAUCGGACUACACCUCAACAGCGCGCUCUGGGAUUUCCACGAUACCAGGAAACCUGAGCUUAGUUCAGGGCCAUCCGAAAGGCAAUAUUCAAAUUUGAAACCAGUGGAGCCUACGACUUAUUUUUCCGGCGCACUUUGGGGUGCUGUCAUUGGAUUGCUCGGGAUCGGGGCCCUUGUCGUCUUCGUCUUGAGUUGGAUCAUCCGUCUACCAAAAAUACUGUUGACUAUCUACUAUCUUGUCUGCGGCUGCAUCGUCAUCGCUGUCUCCUCCUUCGGACUCGGGUGGAAUGAGCAUGCCGCCGAUUACAAUACAUGCAUGAAAGCAGAAACGCCUACACCUACAGGCGGGAAAUUUGCUCCCUGCCGCUUCGAAAAGUUACAGAUUUAUCUGAUUUUCAUUACUUACUUCAUCUCCUGCAUCCACGCCACUUUGUACUUGGCUUCGUUCUACGUUUCGUUCACCGACAAAACUUCCUGUCCGUAUCAGAGUUUGAGAGUGGAGCCGCAACAAUCAAUAAUCAUGCCCAAUCCUGGAAACCAACCGGAAGCUCAACCUUCGGCUACGCAAGACCCUGACCAGAUUCCGGCGUAACGAGCGUUUCGACUUUCAAGUCUACCUCAACACGGAACAUUUAUGACGGACUUAUUAAAAAAUUAUUACAAAAUUCUUGUGAAAUCUCUGUAUGAUGAUCCAAAUAUGAGGAAUAAUUUCGAAAGGUGUGGAUAGAGAAAGAAAGUAUUUCAUUUUGUUAAAUGUGCAAUUUUCCUAAGCAUAGUCAAAAUUUUAUGUAUUGUCACUCAAAAUUUGAUGAAAUACAACCCAAUAAAGUAACCCUUUCCAA